CUGACAAACGGGCAAAAUUGAACCAAGACAUUUGGGGAUGCAUGCUGAGGUGACAAACUAAAGGCAGUUGCCUUCGGUACACGGCCACCAUGAACUUGCUCAUCAAUUGCGCCAACAGCCAAGUAGUGGGUUUCGUUGUCGCCACCGCAGGAUGGGUCCUGUCCAUCACAAGCAUGGGACACGUCGAGUGGAGAAUGUGGUACAUGAACAGCAGCUCCUACUCAACCCCUAGCCUGGCCUGUGUGGGAAUGUGGAAAGUCUGCAUGUACUACUACAUCAGCUACUUUGAAAGGCCCACAUCGUGCCACCUUUACACCUAUCGUGAUGCCUACCUCCCUGUCAGUAUUCGUGUUGGUCAACACCUGCUGCUGGCUGCCAGCAUCCUGGGGCUGCUAGGGAAGGUCUCCAUUAUCAUUGCGCUGAGGAAGGUGUUCACGAGAAUUCACCUGAGGAGGGGCAUCUGCCAUCCAUUUGUUGUUUCAGGAAUUCUGAACAUGGUGGCCAGUACCUGUAUCUUAAUUGCUGUCAUCUGGAAUUACAAGUCUGUGAUGAAUGAAGAGGGUAUAUCCUUCCCACCAUCUUUCCAUGUGCCCUUCAAGCCCGAUACACAGGAAAAUGGCAAUGCCAUGCUAGCGGCGUGCCUGGCUUCCUUCAUGAUGAUGUUAAGUGGGCUGUUUCACCUCACUUAUAAAUGCUCCCUGCACAACCCAGUGCAUCCUGAAGAUUUCGAACUGUAAGAUGCCUGGUUGUGUUGGCUUUGCAAACCCCAGGUUACCAGGAAGUAUCAUCAGGGUGCUCUAUGACGUUUCCAGGGACUGAAGACAGCUAUUUUCUUUUGUUAUCUUCUGUGUCCAAAU